AUGUCCUACGCGUACUUGUUCAAAUAUAUCAUCAUCGGAGAUACAGGUGUCGGCAAAUCUUGCCUCCUAUUGCAAUUCACGGAUAAACGGUUCCAACCAGUGCAUGAUCUCACAAUUGGUGUCGAAUUCGGUGCUCGUAUGAUCACAAUCGAUGGGAAACAAAUCAAAUUGCAAAUCUGGGACACCGCCGGACAAGAAUCGUUCCGUUCGAUCACUAGAUCGUAUUAUCGAGGAGCCGCCGGAGCCCUUCUUUGUUAUGAUGUGACGAGGCGAGACACUUUCAAUCAUCUUUCAUCGUGGCUUGAGGACGCUCGACAACACUCAAACAGCAAUAUGGUCAUUAUGCUCAUCGGAAACAAAAGUGAUCUGGAGGCUCGUCGAGAGGUGAAACGAGAAGAAGGCGAGGCCUUCGCACGCGAACACGGACUUGUCUUCAUGGAGACUUCGGCUAAAACGGCGGCCAACGUGGAGGAGGCUUUCAUCGACACGGCCAAAGAAAUCUACCGAAAGAUUCAAGAAGGAGUGUUCGAUAUUAACAACGAGGCUAAUGGUAUCAAGCUGGGACCUCAACACAGCCCAUCAUCGCCUAACUCUCCAGCUGGUGGUGCCGGUCUUGGUGGAUCUGGAGCGUCGAAGAUGCUGCCCCACAAGGCCCUUUAUCAAGCGCUGUGUCGAAUGGGAGAUAAGAUGGUUUACCCAUUGCUCCCGGCUUUCGCGCGACCAGCAUGGAAUCACGCGGCUGGACCCAAAACGGUUUUCUUUUGGGCGCCGACAAUCAAGUGGGCCUUGGUGGGUGCAGGAAUUGCUGAUUUGGCUCGUCCCGCUGAGAAACUUUCGCUUGGACAGAAUAUGGCUCUCGCGGCAACUGGCUCGAUCUGGGCUCGUUAUUGUCUCGUUAUCACUCCGGUGAACUACUACUUGUGUAGUGUGAAUUGUUUCGUCUUCUUAACCGGUUUCACGCAAUUGCUUCGAAUUGCGCAUUUAAGAUACACGAAUCCAGACUGGGAUAAAGAAAAGACGCAG